AAGAGAGAGGCUUUGCCUUUUCUGGUAGUUAUAGUUGCUGAAAGAGCAAGCAGGAAUUCUUUGUGCUGUAGCAGAGAGAGCUGAGAUAUAAACCAGAUUGUGGAGUUGAUAUACUGAGAGAGGAGGGAGUGCUGCCCAUGGACUAAACCUAAGCGUCGCUACUCACUACAGCUAAGUCUGAACACAGAAGAAACGCUCUCAGGCCACCAUGGAUGACGACUUCGACCAGCGCAUGGAAUUGAGGAGACAGAGGCGUGAGCAAAUGCGUCUAGAGGCAGAGAAGGGCUUCAGCACAACUGAUGAUGAUGAGGAGGUGGCUCGCGAGCGUAGGAGAAACGCUCGUGAGGAACGAAUGAAAAAUCCGGAGAUGGAGGGCACCGUGACAACAGAGGUCAACAACACUCACAGUGUGACAGAGACAGAGUCCUCCUCCACCGGUGCAGAGGUGAGCUCCUCAGCAGGUGAUGGGGAUGACGUGGUACUCCUGGACCGCCUGGCCAAGCGGGAGGAACGCAGACAGAAGAGGUUGAAAGAGGCACUGGAUAGACAGAAGGAGUUCGACCCUACCAUCACCGAUGGUAAUGAGAACAGCCAGGAGGAGACCUUCUCUAGCGGGCGCCACCAAGGCACAGAGGAGGAGAAGGAGGAGAAACCAGCCCAGGAGGAAGUAACCACCAACUCCUGGAGUAGAGAGGAGGAGAAGGAGGUGAAAGAAGAGCAAGCGACGCCAAAGGAGGAAGAGCCUGAACCCGUCACAGAGCCUGAGAAAGCUGAGGAGGUGGAGGAAGAGAAGAAAGAGGAGGAAAAGUCAAAAAAGCGGUCUGAGAAGGUGGAGUUGGAGAAACCGAAGUUAAGGUCAGUGAAGAAAGACGAGAAAGAGUCCUCCCUCUCCAAGCAGCAGAACGGAGGUGUGUCGCGCUCCACCGAGGCCGAGGACCAGGAGCGCCUGGAGGCGGAGCGUAAGCUGGAGGAGCUGAAGCGGCGUCGUGACGAGGCGGACAACGAGGAGUUUGAGAAGAUGAAGCAGAAACAGCAGGAGUCUGAGGCCGAGCUGGAGGAGCUGAAGAAGAAGAGGGAGGGGAGGAAGAAGAUCAUUGAGGAGGAAGAGAAGCAGAAGAAGGCAGAGAUGGCAGAAAAGAAGGCCAAGGAGCAGGAGGAGAGGAAGAGGUUGAAGGAAGAGAUAGAGCAAAGAAGAAAAGACGCUGCAGAGAAGAAGAAACAGAUGAUCGAGGAAUCGGGCGACGGAGACAAGAAACCCUUCACAUUGGGUGUCACGCCCAAGGGCAAGAUUGGGGAGAGAGCAGAAUUCUUGAACCAGAGAGCCCAGAAAGGCUGUAAGACAUCACAUGCUCCUAUUGUCUCCAAGAUAGGCAACAGACUGGAUUUAUACACUGCUGCAGUUCAUACCAACCGGGAUGUGAGGUCUCCUAAGUCUCCAGUCUCAGACCUGCCAGAGACACCAAGCAUCCGCAACAUCAAGAGCAUGUGGGAGAAAGGGAACGUUGGGGUGGCCACUGAGAGCCCCAAGCCUAUGAAUAAGGAUGCUGCUGAUAUUAAAGUGGGUGUGGCUGGACUGACUAAAGGCUGGGGCAAGAGCCCGGCAGACACUGGCAAGGCAGCCGCAGCCGCAGCUGAGAAGGCUGAAGACCUGAAACCUGUUGAUGUGGGCAACAAGCGCAGCCUAUGGGAAACAAAGGGCUCUUCCCCUGCUAAGGUGACAGUUGGAGGCAAGACCAAAUCUGUCACAAAUGCAGGUGUGGGACGCUAAUGAUCCAAAGUAAAAACCCCGAGGAAGAACAGCCAAAAACUGAUGAAAUACAAGACUCUACUAUGUGUAUUCAUAACCAAAAAAUAUAUCCAUAACAGCCUUGCAGGGGUUGGAACCCAAAUUAUUUUCCAAUCAUUUAGUUCUGAACAGAAUUUUUUGUUGUUGUUGUUCCAUUCCACUGUUCUGACCAACACGUUCUGAACCUGUUCGAACCCCCAAAAAAUAAAUAUAGCGUUCCUUUCUGUUCCUUUUUAAA